AUGAACGGUGCAUCGUCCUCGAGAGGCGUUGGAUCGCGUACGAAGCCGCUGAAGCGCGGUAAGGCAUGCAUGAACUGCAGGUUCCUGAAGAUUAAGUGCGACGGCGCCCGGCCCGUAUGUGGUCCGUGUCUCAAGCACCCCAAAGACGACGAGUGCGAAUACGACGGUCCGGGACGCUCAAGAACGAAAGCCCUCGAGGAGCAGGUCCACCGCCUCGAGUCACGAAUACAGGAGCUGGAGAAUCCGGGCGAGACGACACCCUCCGUGACGCUCCAUGAGCCAUACUCGCCGACCCAUCAACUUUCCCUCUCCCCUCAUAGUUCCCCCACGUCGCACGCAGGCAUCUCGCUCAGCGCGUCGAUCAGCCCUUACGAGACGACACCCGCGUCCACGGACUCCCCCUCCCUACUCGACAGGCCGCAUGCGCUGCCGAUCAAGUCAUCCAGCUCGGGGGGCUCAAGAGCAUCGCCAUCGGUGGCAGAUAGAAAACCGUUCUCGCCGUUCGAGGAGCCCGACGUAUCAGUCAUCCGGGUCUUACUCGACAAUUUCCUCCCCCACGCGUCCGAGUUCGGCUUCUUCCUCAGCACCUCAAGGUUCUACAAUGCAGCCCUCGUCCCCGCUCCAGCCGGGCACAUAACACGGCCCCUCCCUGCCCUCCUCUUCGCCGUCUACCUCUUCGGCGUCCAUCUAUCACGCACGGACAGCAGUCAGGCGCAGUCUACCACGUUCCUCAAUCAGGCGCUGCAGACUCUCAGUGUCGCGCUCACCUCCGGCCAUCCCCAACGCGUCCUCCACACCAUACAGACGCAUGUCCUCCUCUCCUACUUCUUCUACCGCUCCGGGCUCAACAUCGAGGCCAAGUACCACGCCGCGGCCGCAUGCUCGCUCGUCAUCUCGUCCGGCUUGCACAAGGUCCGCUCACCGAGCGCGUAUCCCGGUGCGAUCGGCGAGUCGCCUAUACGGACGAGCCCCAUUCUGCUGCACAAACCCGUCGCGGACGCGAUCGAGGAAGGCGAGCGCAUCAGCGCGCUGUGGUCCACGUUCGCGCUGAGCCGCCUGCUCGCGGUCGCGCUGGACCCCCCGGAUGCGAUCUGCGGCGUGUUCGAUGUGCCCGGGGUGCAGAUCGACACGCCGUGGCCGCUGACGAUGAAGGAGUACGAGGACGGGGCGAUGCCGGAGAACUUGCAGAGCACGGCGACCGUGCGCAACUUCGUCACCAACAAUGACUGGUACUCGGGCGAUGGAAGCUCGAGCGCGGCGCUGUUCGCGAAGGCGGUCAUCUUGAUUCAUAGGGCGGCGUAUGUAGCGGGACUGUUCUCCGAUCCGAUGUCGCAACGCGACUAUCAGACCUUCUCUAGCCUGUUCACGACCACUCACUCGCUUCUCGUCGGCUUCCGAGAUCGGCUCCCACCACUGAUUGUGCAUACACCGCCGUUACUCGCGCACGGCGCCGCCUUCAUGCCGCACCCGGGCAGCCCACCACCACAAGACCCGGCUCUUCGCACCCUCCUACUUACGCACAACCUCAUGAACGCCGCCUUCAUCAAGCUGCACAUGCCCUUCUUCCGCUCCGACCCGGUCAGUCGGCAACAUUGCGUCGCGGCGGCGCGGGCGAUGUUCGACUUCGGCAACGUCGACAUCAGGCGCUUUCAUUGCUUGAACCCGAUUGUUGGGACCCUCUGGACCCUCGCUGUGCAAAUCCUCAUUGACGAGGUCGUCCGGCUUCGCACCGCCUGGGCCGGCCCACACUCCCUCCCCGGCGGCGUCGUCCCCUACGACGCUACCGAAGAGGGCCUGAUCAUGCGCGCCGAGGAAGAAACGUCGCUUGGCCGCCUACGCCUAGGCAUCCAAGCGCUCGAUGCGUUCGCCGACGACAGCGCGCUUAUGAGUACGUGCUCUCUCCUGGCUGCGGCCGACCUCUCCGAUAUCGCAGCCGACCUUUUGCCCACAGAGAUGCAGGCGGAGAAGUGCAAGAACCUAUUCGCGAAUGUGCAGUGA